GGUCAGUUGCUCUUACUUUCCAAAAUCGGAGCAUGUCGGCAUCGAGACAAGUGCUCGCACUCAUAAUAUUCCAACAUUUUCUCAAUAAGUGUUUUUGAAGAAUCUCCAUCAUACCUGUUAUCGAUAUGCGCCAAGCUGAUGCUUGCACAAAAGUCAGCAUUAUGAACAAGGAUGAACAACAAUAUUUUGAUGAGAUUUUCGAGGAGAUUUUUCACCGAAAAUUAAUACGGGAAGUUGCGAGAUGGAGACAAAACAGAUGCGAUAACAUCGCCGAACAUAUGAUUGGGAAUGUUUACGUCAAAUUUGACAGGGAGGCGAAUGCAGAAAGUGUAGAGGACCUAGACAGAUGGUUCCACGGUGCGAUAUAUGCAGAACUUUCUCCAGUAACAGGAUUUCGUGAAUUAUGCUGUCGUCAGUAUGAACUUGGAGGUUGUAAUAAGAAAGGAUUGAAGAAUGUCUUUGACGAAGCAAUCAUGGCUGCCUUGGAGCCUCCACCGAUGGAAAAGAAGAAGAAAUGCACACUACUGUGA